CUAAUUUUACUUGGCGUCCCUGCUUUUGUUUGAUCGUGAUUUGUGUUCGGGAUUGGAAUUUUGGAUUGUAAUUUAGUGUUUGCAGAGAAUUUUAACGGUUUUAUACUUAUUGCUUCAUACUAUUGCGGAAAUAUUCAUUCGAUAUGCCGUCAACACUCGAGCUUUGUGAGCAAUUUUAUGGUACGAAAGACGUUUAUAAAUUGUUUAAUGUGAGUCGUGAUGCUGCAGAUAAUGAAAUUAAAAAAGCUUACUACAAAUUAUCUCUAAAAGUUCAUCCAGAUCGAGUGGAUUAUGAAAAUAAGGAGGAAGCCACUGAAAAGUUCAAGAUCUUAAGUAAAAUUCAUUCCGUUUUAUCGGAUAAAGAAAAACGAGCUUUAUACGAUGAGAAAGGAGUCAUUGACGACGAAGACGAUGAUUCUAUUGGUGCUAAAUGGUUAUCAAUAUGGCAACAAUUUUUCAAGCCUAUUUCAAACGAAGAUAUAAGUAACUUCGAAAAAGAAUACACAGGUUCAGAUCUUGAGCGAAGUGAUAUCAAGAAAGCGUAUAUGAAUGGUAAAGGAUGCAUUAAUUAUAUGAUGAACUGUGUUCCUUUUAUGAGUUGUGAAGAUGAACCUCGUAUAAUAAAAAUCAUCAAGGAGAUGAUCGCAUCUGGGGAAGUUCCUGAGCAUAAAAUUUUCACAGAAGAACCGAAGAGUAAACGCGAUCGUCGCCAUAAAAAAUACGCUAGAGAAGCUAUAGAAUCUGCUGUUUUAAAAGAUAAGUUGAAACAAAAACAGGACAAAAAAUCUCUAGAACAACAAAUUGCACUUCGUCAGUCUGAUCGAGAACAUGGAUUCACUUCUUUGCUUGACAAAUUGACAGAUAAAUACGGAAAUGAUGAGGAUGAAGAGGAUUUAUUUAGUUUGGACCAGCAUGUUGCAAAGAAAAAAUCUAAAGUUCAAAAUGUACCGCAGAAGAAACAACAAAAGGUUAAGGUUCAUAAGACAAAAGAGGGAAGAAUGUUAAAAAAGAGCGUUUAGAUCUAGUUUCGUCUUUUGUCUAAGACCAUGUUUCAACCCAUCUUGCGUAGAUCGGGUUGAGUUAUGUUUUCAAGUUGAUAAAUUGUACCGUUUAAAAGGGAAUAAAAUUCAAUUCAUUUAUCGCAUCAUUAA